AUGCUUUCACAGGCGAACGUCAGCAUGGAGGCCGAGGCGGCCGCCGCCGCGGCCGCGGGGCAGCCGACGAAGAGGACUUUCCGCAAGUUCAGCUACCGCGGCUUCGACCUCGACGCGGUCCUCGACAUGUCCGCCGACAACCUCAUCCAGGUCCUCCCCGCCCGCGCCCACAGAAGGUUCUACAGGGGGUUCAAGAGGAAUUCAUUGAUGCUCAACAGGAGGCUGCGCAAGGCGAGAAUGGGGGCACCGGCUGGUGAGAAGCCCGGUGCCGUGAAGACUCAUCUGCGCAACAUGAUCAUCAUGCCAGAGAUGGUAGGCAGCCAGAUCGCAGUGUACAAUGGGAAAACCUUCAACCAGAUUGAGAUCAAGCCCGAGAUGAUUGGGCACCACCUCGCCGAGUUCUCCAUCAGCUACAAGCCCGUCAAGCACGGGAGGCCCGGCAUCGGCGCCACCCACUCCUCGAGGUUCAUUCCCCUCAAGUGA